AUGUAUUGGAGACCGUGGGAAUCUACAGUACCCAUCGCCAGUAAGGAAUGUUACAGUUUUGAGGUAGCCGAUAUCUGGGAUAUACCUAGCAGCAUGUUUUACUUCGACAGUGCCUGUCUUAAUUCUCCGGUGGAGACUGUCAGAAAGAGAAAAUGCUUCAAAUGCGUUUGCCCUAACUGUAAAAACAAGGUUAUAGACCCUUUGGAUGGUAAACGUGUACAUAUAUGUAGUUUCGAAGGUUGCAGCAAAACUUACAGGAAAACUAGUCACCUCAAAGCUCAUCUGAGAUCUCACGUUGGUUGUAGACCAUUUGUAUGUUAUUGGAACAAGUGUGCUCGUCAAUUUGCUAGAUCCGAUCAGCUUCGGCGUCAUAUACGCGGGCACACAGGAGAACGUAAGCACUGCUGUCCGGAAUGUCAAAGAACGUUUUCGAGAUCGGAUCAUUUGAAGCAACACCAAUCAUCGAAGCAUCCUGUGAUAACAGUAGACUAA